AUGGCAAUACAAGAAUCACACAUUAAUAACUCACAAUACACUCACACAUUUCACCAAAAUCUAUAUCGCUAUUAUUCUUUUCUAAACAAUAACAACUCUCAUGAUGGAACCUUACUACUCACUCACCAAAGACAUAAAAAGAAAGCGGUCCAUCAAAUCCUUAUUCCUGGACGUCUCCAACUUUGUACCAUCCACAUUGGAGGAUGUUUGUUAAAUAUCUUCAAUGUAUAUAAUUACUCUGGAAACAGAAACGAAGAGGAAGAAGAUGAGUUACUACAGAAGCUCUCGGAACUUAUAUCCAACCUACAACACCAACCAGUAAUAGUGAUUGGAGAUCUAAAUUUUAAUUCUCGAGGAAGUUCUUACAAAGACACAAAAUGGCUAACAUUCAUGGAACAACAUAACCUCAAAGAAAAGGAAACAAAUAUUCCAUCCUACAUCAGGAGAUACUCAUCAAAAAACAAGAUCCAAGAAACAAAUUCAAGACCGGAUCAUCUCUUUCACUCAAGUCAUGUUGAAAUAGAAUAUGAACAGGCAUUACCACUUGUCACUACAAAUGACCAUAUUCCAAUUAUGUUCAAAUUUAAGUUACUUGUACCGACCACAUGGAAACGAAUCAUUAAUGACGAGCUUAAUAUUGCAAAAAAACUUGAAGAGAUUUUGAAAUCUCUCCCUGUUGACAACAACAAGCUAAGACAACUCAAUCAUGAAAUCAAGAACCAAUCCUACAAGCCACGCCCUAUUACAGGAUUUAAAGAAUCAGAAACCAUCACCAAACUAAAACAACAGCUUCAUAACCUUCACGAACAAAAAUUAUCUGAACCAGAAGAGAACAAAUCAAAUAUUGAAAAAGCCUUAAAGGAAACUAAGAAAAAACUUAAAGAACAACACAACCUAGAAUUUGCAGAGUAUAGAAAGAAAUUUAUUGAUUCCAUCAACCACAAACACACCAAAGGAAUUCACAACUUUGAUCAACAUCUUAAAUAUCAUGAAAUAGAUUGGAACUCCACUCAAAUAACUAAAGAAGGAGCCGUGAAAUAUUUCAAGAACAAAUUCACAUCAAAAUUGAAUGAAAAUACACAGGUUAAAUUUAAACCAGGAAUAUCAACAGUUAAAGAAGGCCCUACCAACAUCUCAAUAACAAAAGAGGAUGUUACCGACGCACUAAAGAGAAUGAAAUCUACAACACAGGGAGUUGACUUUACAACUAAACAAAUAUUUGAAAAGAUUGACCCAAAUACAUUAGCAUCAGCGUUUAACCACAUGAUACAAACUCAAGACAUUCCCAAAUGUUGGAAACAAGGAUGGAUUAAAUUAAUUGGAAAGAAAGAUUUAAUCACUGACUACAAAGACCUAAGACCAAUUACUAUCAUGAAUAUUGGUUAUAGACUCCUAUUCAACAUUAUAACAUUCAAGCUCAAAGACUGGGCUGAAUCAAACAUCAACAUCAGACAACAAGCGUUUACUCGUAAUCGUGAAACAACAAACCAUUGUGUUCUCAUACAAGCCCUAAUUAACAAAUUCCGAAAAAAAGGUUUUAUUCUAACCAAUAUUGAUAUUGCAGCUGCAUAUGACUCCAUUGAACUCAAAAUUAUUGAUAUGGCACUCACUCACUGCAAAUUCCCUGAAGAACUUAAAAAUUUCAUUCUUAAUGCGUACUCGAAUCACCAAAUCCAAAUAGAAUGGAAUCACACACUAUCAGAAAAGUUCAUCAAAACAAGAGGAAUUCCACAAGGAUGCCCGCUAGCCCCACUUAUCUAUAACUGUAUUUCCCAAAUGAUAAUUGACAAAAUUAUUGAAAGAGAAAAACUCUCAAUUAUCCCACAAGAUCUCGACAUUGACGAUAUUGCCACAUUAUGCUUUGCUGAUGACAUGUCAAUAAUCAACUCUAAUAUUGCCCUCCACAACAAAAGACUCAAGAAAAUUAAUAGAUGGUUUAAACAAAUAUUCCUGGAUAUUAAUCCAGCCAAAUCAGCAACCACCUCACUCCCAAAACUACAUGAAGCCUUGAUAGACAACACUAGAAUUCCUAACCAAAACAACCAAAGAAUCCUUGGAGGAUAUCUAUUUGAAUCUAAAUUAUUUAAGGAAGAACUAGAAAAAAGAAAACACAAAAUAAUGAAUAUCCUUAACAUCCUCCCUAUCAAUCAAAUCCAACCGUAUAAUCUCAAACAAGUAGUUACCUCCAAAACACUAUCCCUAAUAACACACCUUGCACGCAGCAACUCCAUCAGUCAACACCAAAUACAAUCAUUUGACUCGGCAAUCAGAAACAAAAUCAAAAGAAAACUGAAUAUUGAUGCAAGAACACCUAAAGAGUGCCUUUACUUACCUAUUUACCAAGGAGGAAUGGGCAUUCCAUGUCUUGAAAUGAUGACUGAUAUUAUUACCCUAAAAUCACUUAUCAAUUUUUCCUGCCACAAUUACCAACUCAUGCAAGAAGCAGUGAACGAAGCUAUUACAUCAACUUCUAAGACCAAAAAAUCAAAAAACCUUAAUAUAUUCGAAAACUUCCACUACAUUGCAAAGAAGUAUGACCUUAAAGUAGAUAAUUGCAAUUACAUACCUCAACCUAUUAAUGAAGAAACAUUACAAUACCACAAACAAUGUAAAAAAUUCGAAGUUUGGACUGAUGGAUCUAAGACUGAACAAGGAACAGGAUUUGGAAUCAUUUUACAAUCCAAAAACAUCACAACUAGACACAAAUUCAAACUUGACCCAAUCCAUAGCAAUAACACAGCUGAACUAUUAAGCAUAGUCUACACUCUCAAACUAUUACCAACAAGAGCUAAAGCACACAUUUACACAGAUAGUGAAAUAAGUAUCAACAUUCUUUCAAACCCCAGAUACAGAGGACCAUAUCUUCCCCUCAAAAUUGAAUUUGAACAUCUCAAGAAAUCAAAGAACCUCCAAAUCAAUGUCUCCAAAGUCAAAGGACACCAAAACACUGGCAAUAUACAUGUAGAUAAAUUAGCCAAAAAGGGAUGCACAUUAGGGAAAUUGAUAAUCCCCCAUAGACAACUUACCCAAAAUCAAAUUAUCCUUAAAUCCAACAAUCAUUGGAUACCUGACGUCGCGACAUUCAUCAAAAACAAACAACUUCAGAAAUGGAAUGAGUCAAUAGUUUUGAAGACCAAGAACAAAUUUAACCCUUCUUGCAUCUUCCCAACAACAUUCAAUUUCAUGAAGUCAAAGAAUAUCUCUCCGCAACAAAAAUAUGCAAUAUGGAGAAACAUGCAUAACGCUCACAUGAAAACCUUCAAACAAACUCACCUCUGCCCUGAAUGUAAUUGUGUAGGAACCAUCGAACACUACACUACACGCUGUAUAUUACUAUCGGAGCAAAGAAUGUAUGCCAAACAGCAGAUGAAGGAACUUGUGAAUAUAGAAUUGAUUCCACAUGACCGAAAUGAACAUCUAACCUCCUCCAAACUUCUCAUCAACAGCAGGGGAAUCAUCUAUUACUCGGAUACAUAUUUUACAAGAAGGAAACAAGACAUCAUCAAGCACUGGGUUGACAUCCAAGCUAUCCUAUCUCUCCUGAUAGGAAGAGCUUUCAAUCAAUAUUGGGAAAACGAAAGACCAGAGGCACCGAAGGGCCAAUAA